AUGCCCAAUCAAACGUCUGUGACUGAAUUCCUGCUUCUGGAAUUUUCGAACACUCGGGAGCUGCAGCUCCUUCAUUUUGCCACAUUUCUUCUAAUAUACCUGACAGCUCUGGUAGGAAAUAUUCUCAUCAUUACAACUGUAGCCCUUGAUCACCACCUUCACUCCCCUAUGUACUUCUUCCUUGCAAACCUUUCCUUUCUUGACAUUUCCUACAUCUCUGUCACCAUCCCCAAAUCUAUGGUGAAUGCCUUGAUCAACUCCAGACUGAUCUCUUACUCAGGGUGCGUUGCCCAGGUCUACUUGGUCAUCACUUUUGCAGAUGCAGAAUUGUUCUUACUCACAGCAAUGGCUUAUGAUCGCUAUGCUGCCAUCUGCUACCCAUUGCAUUACAGGGUGGUCAUGAACUGGAAUGUGUGUGGCGAAAUGGCAGCUGGUUGCUGGGUUGGUAGCAUGCUCUAUUCUGUUGUGCAUACGACUAAUACAUUCAGGUUAUCCUUCUGUCAGUCCAACAUCAUUGGCCAGUUUUUCUGUGAUGUCCCACAACUAUUGAAGAUAUCUUGUUCAGAUACACGUGUCAAUGAUACCUUAAUGUUUGUCCUGGGUUAUUCAUUGGCAUCUAUAUGCUUUUCUAUAAUAUUUGUUUCCUAUGUGUACAUCUUUUCCACUGUGCUAAAGAUCCCUUCUUUCAAAGGAAGAUACAAAGCCUUUUCUACCUGCCUUCCACACCUGGUGAUUGUCUGUUUAUUUCUGGGCACUGGAGCUUUUACUUAUACAAGGCCAAGAUCAGCAUCCUCAGUUGGUCGAGAUCUUGUAGCUGCUGUCAUCUAUUCUGUGGUGCCUCCAUUGAUAAAUCCAAUCAUUUACAGUCUACGGAACAAAGAACUAAAAGGGGGCUUGAGAAAAUUAAUUAAAAACCUUAAAGUCCCUACAUCAAAACUUAUUUCUCACAGUGUGCUAUCUGGUAGCUUAAAAAAAAUAUCUCUGCAAUCUCCUGCCCAGUGA